GCCUCCGCCGUUCCGCUGCGCUCCAAUCGCCGUUCACCAACGACCACCUCCCGACCGAUCUUGCGUCCUCAACCCGGCUCUACCUGCGCAACCGCAACCGCGACCUCCACCACUGCAUCCACGCCCGCACCUGUCUAUCCCGCCUCCACCUCCACAUCUCGUCGCCCGCCAUGCCUGGUACCGCGAUUGCAAGCUCGACCCCGAUCUGGGUCCCCGGCACCCGCUGGGAUCUCUAUUCGCACUGCUGCGUCUGGAAUCCCACCGCGAGGAAGGUCGACGUCUACGAAUGCGUUAUUGCUCAUGACUCUGCCCCUGGCACCGAGGUGUGUACCGUCUCGCGAUCUCGUUGCCAUCCAGUUUUUUUCCAUCAUGGUCGCCAUCGGUGCCCCGCGGGCGCAUCCCUUGUUACAUGCGUCAUACCUUCCCGCCACCCGCUUCCGCUGAAACCCUGUUUCUGACUCGUUUCGAUGACAGCCGCCCAGCGGAUAUUGGCGCUUCCUCGCCCGUCGGUGACUGAUCGCCUCCGACGAGGGCCGUCCCGCCAUGCACGGCAGCCCAAUCCGCGGACAGGCCCCUUCGCAACGCACGUCGGGCCCGCAAUAAUCUCGACACUAGCGUCAUUCUUCGGGGACACCACACGAUGCCGUGCCGAUCAGCUUCCAGCCUGCCUAAUACCCCGCUCAGACCAAAGCUGGGUCGCGUUCUCCCGCUGGAGCUCACAUGCACGUCCAAUUCGGUCAUCGUUAUCGGUCGUUCCCACCGAGACGCCAUCGCACCCCGUUUGUUUGCGGAUGGAAGUUAUGCUUAUUUUUAAUCACAACCGGCUUCGAUACUCUAUAUCACAUCUUGUUCCCCGCCCAUAUUCUGCCCCGACGUGUUCACACCCCCCGCCGUUCAUAUUGCUUUUGCUCUGUCGUCUGCCCUUCCUCGUCGCUCGAAUUUGGUGUAAUGGUAUCUGUUUUGGUUUCGCCGUUGGUGAUCGGUAGAAUCGCGGGGCGAUCUUUUGGGGGUUAGAUGCGAAAGACAACUGUAAUCCGUCCGACUUUUGUAUCCACUAUGUUCUCUUGCAACGUCGAUGUCAUUUUGCUAUUCCGGGAGUUCUCGCGCGCGGGUGUGAACGCGCCAUAGGGAGAAGGUCAGCGGCGGCAAGUGGUCGCGCGACUGCUGUUUCCUCCUUGCCUCACGCCAUGUACCGCACCUUACUCGCUCGGGCUUCUGCUCCCAAAACAUCCGCCGCCACACGUUAUCGCGUCCAUCUAUCUCAGCGGCAGCUCUCGCGAACCCCGUCCGCUCGCGCCGACCCUUACCUUCUCCCCCACACGCCCGAACACGUCCAGGCCUCCCAACGCAAUAAUGAAGCUGCGGAAGGCGGGAUCGAGGUGGACGUGAGCGCGGCGGAUGUCCCGUAUCCGAAGCCGCUCGAGCGCACGGGCGAGUCGACGGCGACGAAGCGGGCAAGACUCGUGUACCAGUCGCGCAAGCGCGGCACGCGGGAGACCGAGCUGCUCCUCAGCACGUUUGCGCAGGAGCAUCUGGCGGCCAUGAGCGCGGACGAGAUGACGCAGUUCGACAAGCUCAUGGACGAGCCGGAUUGGGACAUCUAUUACUGGGCGACGGGCAAGAAGACGCCGCCGGCGCGUUGGUCGGAGUCGGCCGUGCUCGAGAAGCUGAAGAAACACGCGAAGAACGAGGGCCGCGUCGUCCGCCGCAUGCCCGAGCUCUGAACGUUGUCGAACUUUGCGCACCGGUAGCCCUCGAUGGCUCGCAGUAACUCGCAGCUGUACCCGGUGCUCCCUGUGCUCUUUUUCAGUGCACAGUGCCCAGCCUCCGACGGUCGGCGCAUCCCCCGUUGCGCUCUAGGGCCCGGUCUGGGCUCUUGUUGCAUAUUACUGGUGUAUACUGCCCUGCACUGCCUGAUCACGAAGAUUUUUGGUGUGCAACUACUAGAACUUGGGGGUGCAUUUCGAUCUCCGCGUGCUGCGUAGCGCCGAG